AUGAGUUGUUGGACUGACUUUCUGCAAUCUAGUAAUGAGUAUGAGGAAGGAGUUGUGAAUUAUUUAGAUAAAGCAUUUGCUACUCGAGCAAUUGGAGAUCAGAUUAGUUGCCCGUGCAAGGUGUGUUGUAACCGCUUUUGGCAUCACAGAGACAAAGUGUACGAUCAUUUGAUUGCAAAUGGCAUUGAGCCUGGUAGUGAACAAUUUCAUUAUCAUGAGAGGACUAAUGAUGCUGAUAUGCCACACAUCGAAGAUAACAUGGAUGGUCUAUUAAAUGACAUCUACAGGGAUGUCUUCGAAGAGUUCCCUAAUGGCCUUGAAAGCAUUGGAGAUGAUGCCAGUCCAGAGGCUAAGAAGUUCUAUAAACUGGUUGAAGAUGGGAAACAAGAGCUAUACCCUGGGUGCAAAACGUUUUCCAAAUUAUCAUUCCUUAUUCGUUUGUACCUUUUGAAAUGCCUUCAUGGAAUAACAAAUAAUGGCUUUUAUGAUAUUCUAGAGUUGAUUCUAGAACUAAUUCCGGAAGCCAAAUUGCCAAAGUCCUUCAAUGAGGCCAAGAAAAUAGUGAAGGAUUUGGGUCUUCAUUAUGACAAAAUCGAUGCAUGUCGUAACGAUUGUAUGCUAUACUGGAAGGAUAAUGAAGUGGCUACAUCAUGUCAUGUAUGCCAUGCCCCAAGGUGGAAAGAGAAGGAAAAUCAAGAAGAAACAGGAACGCAAUCAUCCAAGGGUGCUAAUCAAAUUCCAGCAAAAGUUGUUUGGCAUUUCCCUUUAAAACCCAGGCUUCAAAGGUUGUACAUGUGUUCUGAGAUAGCGGAGUUAAUGAGAUGGCAUGAAGAGAAAAGGAAGAAAGAUGGAAAACUAAGAAAUCCUGCUGAUGGUGAGGCUUGGAAGGAGUUUGAUCUGACAUACCUAAAUUUUUCUAAAGAGAGACGUAAUGUUCGCUUAGGCCUUGCAAGUGAUGGAUUCAAUCCAUUUCGAACUAUGAGUACACAACAUAGUACAUGGCCUGUUGUGCUGAUCAAUUACAACUUACCCCCAUGGUUGUGCAUGAAGUUAGAGUUUUUGAUGUUGUCUUUAUUAAUUCCAGGGCCCACUUCUCCUGGAAAUGACAUUGAUGUUUACCUCCAACCAUUAGUAGAUGAGCUAAAAGAUUUAUGGGAGUUUGGGUUGGAGACCUAUGACGCUUCAAAGCAACAAUCAUUCAAAAUGUAUGCAACUUUACGAUCAACGACAAGUGAUUUUCCAGGAUAUGCUAUGUUGUCUGGUUGGAGCACCAAAGGAAAGUUUGCUUGCCCCCAUUGUCACUAUGAAACCGCCCAUCAACAUUUGAGUAAUAGUAACAAGACAAUCUAUAUGGCACAUCGUAGAACGUUGGAUGCCGAUCAUCCUUGGCGUCAUGAAGAGAAGUCGUUUGAUGGGACGAAAGAAGAGAGGACAGCCCCCAUUCCUUUGACGGGGACCCAAGUCUUAAGUUUGCUGAAAGAUUGGAAAAAUAAGUUUGGGAAGCUACAACCCAAGGUUAAUUGGGGAGAUUGUCCAUGGAGAAAGUUAUCCAUCUUUCAUUCUUUGCCUUACUGA